AUGUCUUCUACUCCUCCUCCUCCUCCUCCUCCUCCUCCUGAAUUCAUCAUCAAUAGAUUUUCGUCAAAGCCCAAUGACAAUCGAGCCCCUCCUCUCACAGACCAUGGAACAAUCAGUAAUAGAUCCAUCACCCAGCCCAAAAGGGCUAGAAAACCUCAGGCAUCCGGUUCUAUGAACCAAAAUAUAACAUCGGGAGGCCCUUCAAAACGAAACAAACCGAAUCGGGCCCAGCAACCGGCGAAAAAAGGGAAGGCAAAGGCAAGAGCAACUCGCUUUCCGACAGAGACUCCUGGCUCUUCUUCCCAGCAGUUCGACGGCACGUUACAAGUGCUCUCAAACCCCAACGAGCCGGAAGUGCCACAACAGUAUGUGGUUCCGCAUCAGCAGAAUCCGAACCAGGCGAUGCCACUGACGCGACAUAGCUACACAGUAGAACCAGUCUCAAUCACUGAGACGAAUGGCAACAUAUCGACUCUUAUUGGCCAAAUUGAACAAGAGUCCAAUGCUACUCUUAUCUAUAGAGAGAGGUGGCAAAGACUGAAUAAUUCACCUUUCCCUGAAUCUAUUCAAAACAUUACCCUCACAGAUAAUAUGCAUCUCGAUCUGCAUAGGGUAUUGGGGCCUAUGAUCAUGUCCUCUUUUUUAAUUGUUAGUGACUGUCGUCACAACAAUUUAAACACAGGAGAAGCCUAUACAAGACGGGCUUCCACCUUCUUCCCUUACUUCUGGGAUGUUUCUAUUAACCAGCUCACAUGUUUGACCUGGGAAUAUGUUCUUUCCUUUGAAUUAUUGGGGUACGAAGCACCGGAGACGCCUCUGAAGUGGAUUAUGACGCCCAGAGGGUCCGUCAUUCGGAUUUACGACCUCUGCAAAGUCGACCCUGUCUUGUAUGCCGUAAGGCCAUAUCUCCUCCAACCACUGUAG